AUGGCUUCCUCGCCAUCCAAAUGGUGGCAAGAGCCCACCGAAGCCGACCUCGACUACGGAUUCGAUUCUGACGAACUGGAUACCAGAUAUAACGAAUCUGAUCGAAACACCUCCCACGAAAAUAAAAGCAAACCGAGAGACAAUAAGAGAACAGACAAGAAGGGUGUGAUUGCAAGCAUGGCUUCUUGGCUCCACCGCCAGGCUGGUUCGUCCCACGGACAGCUUGCGACAGCGGCUGUUGUAUCCGGCGCAGCUGUCGCUGGUGCUAUCUUUGGAUACCAGUCAUACAAGCGCAAGGAAGCUGUUCAUGACCUGAAGGCUUCGAUCCCAAGUCUAGAUGAUUUGCAUCCUGCGGAAAUGCUCACCGAUUUUGGCGCUGCCUCCAAUGGAAUCAAGCCGAGCAAGGAAGACGAGCGCAGUGCAGCUUUGGCUCGAAGAGCGCAGCAGGGAGACUACGAUGACGACUUGAUUCUUGAACAACUCGCCCGCAACCGCGUGUUCCUCGGCGACGAAGGCCUUGCUAAGCUUCGAUCGUCAUUCGUCGUCGUUGUCGGCUGUGGUGGUGUCGGUUCGCAUGCUGCUGCCUCACUCGCCCGAUCGGGCGUGUCUAAAAUCCGGCUUAUCGAUUUCGAUCAAGUCACAUUAUCAUCGUUGAAUCGACACGCUCUUGCGACAUUAGCUGAUGUUGGCACACCAAAGGUUCAUUGUAUCCGGAGGCGAUUGGAACAAAUUGCACCGUGGGUCGCCUUCGAUUGUCGGAAUGAGCUCUAUGGAAAGGCCACGUCUGAGGAUCUCCUUGGCCCGUGGUCUCUGACACGCGAUGGGGAGGGCCGGCGACCAGAUUUCGUCUUAGAUUGUAUCGAUAAUCUUACAUCCAAGGUAGAGUUGCUAUACUACUGCCACUCGAACUCGUUGCCUGUUAUUUCGUCGAUGGGUGCAGGAUGCAAGUCGGACCCGACUCGCGUUGUGGUCGGUGACAUCUCGCUCAGCACUGACGAUCCUUUGUCCCGCAGUACACGUCGCAGACUGAAGCUUCUUGGUGUUUCCUCUGGCAUUGCAGCCGUGCUCUCCACAGAGAAACCGGGCCCGGGCAAGGCUACUCUACUUCCUCUCCCCGAGCAUGAAUUCACCAAGGGUCAAGUUGGUGAACUUGGAGUUCUUCCUGACUUCCGAGCCCGCAUCCUCCCAGUACUGGGAACUAUGCCUGCAGUGUUUGGUUACACAGUAGCCAACCACGUUAUCUGCACUAUUACUGGCUACCCACUUGACUAUAACAUGGGCGCCAAGGGCCGCGAGAAACUCUACGAUACCAUCUUGGGUGCUUUGCUAAUCUUGCAUGAACGAAUGGUUAAACAAUUCACUGGUCAAGAUACCGUGGGGCUUCGUCUCCCGCUCAGCAAGGAUGAUAUUGCAUUCGUUGUGGAGGAAGUAUACCGGGGGAAGAGUGCGAUCAGUGGCUUGUCCACCAGACUGGCUCUCAUUCCCUGGCAAACCCCUGCUCACGGAUGGAACAUGGAUCUGAGCCUCGAGAAAGAGGGACAAAAGACCAUCCCGAUAUACAUCAAUGAUAUGGUCUGCGUGACCAAGGAGGAAGCCCUCCACCACGAGCAGGAGGUGCUUAAGGGCGGCAAGAAGGUGGAAGAGGUAUAUGACGAGGCUGUUCUCCAGCGUGUAAACCUGCGCAGACGGGAAGCAGAGGAGGCCAUGGCGUCUCGCGACUCCUAUCCGCUGGACUUCGAGUCUAACAGCGCAGAUAGCGACCUCUACCCGACGACAGCUCACCAUCCCUCCCACUCAAAUCAAUUUCCACAAUAUUCUCGCCCACUGAUUGAUUCUGCCAGAAACGCAUGGCAGACCAGAGCCCCUGAGGGUUCCCAACACACCUCCAGCUCCCCCGCAGAUGACAUCAAAUCCCCGGGAUGGUCCCAAAUGGCUUCCGCGCCGCGCUUUCGGCAAAUGCUAACCUACGGCGCGUUGUUUAUAUUUGCAUGGAUCGGUUGGCGAAUGCUGCUUUCUCCGCGACUACAAGGGCAAAACUCACUCAAUCCGACAUCUAAGGCGGAGAUAGGUGGAUGGUUCGGGGCAAAUUCGUCUCCACAGUUCGACGGCUUGGUUCGCAUCCGUACAUUGGACCCAGACCUGGUGCCUGGGGACCUGGCGAGGGUGGAUUCGGGGGAAUCUAGUCGGAAGCGGCUAAUAAUUGUGGGCGAUGUGCAUGGAUGUAAAGAGGAGUUGGUGCAACUUCUUGAAAAGGUCUCGUUCAACCAGAAAGGCAGCGAUCACCUUAUCUUUGUUGGCGACCUGAUCAACAAAGGACCAGACAGUACAGGAGUCGUGGACUUAGCUCGGGAGCACUCGGCAUCUAGUGUCCGUGGGAACCACGAGGACCGGAUUCUGCUUCUUCGACACGAAAUGGCGAAGGCCAAAACUCUCACAAUCCCCGAUGACAAGAAGUACUCUGGUUUCUCGUCCAAAGAACUUCGGGAACGUGCACUUGCGCGGUCUUUGAGCGACGAGCAAGCUCAGUGGCUGGAGAACUGUCCAGUGAUCUUGAAUGUCGGCCAAGUUCCAGGCAUGGGCCAGGUUGUUGUCGUUCAUGCGGGACUAGUACCGGGCAUCGAGCUUGAGAAUCAAGACCCGUCUAGCGUGAUGACCAUGCGGACUAUUGAUCUAGACACGCACAUUACCAGUCCGAAAAAGAAGGGCACGAAUUGGGCUAAAUCGUUUAAUAAAUAUCAAUCAAAGCUGUACUCGAGCCUCGAGACUUCAACUGAAGAUCCUUUUGCGAACGCCAUGACUGUUGUCUAUGGUCACGAUGCUUCUACUUCUCUUUCUAUCCGCACGUUCACAAAGGGACUUGACUCGGGCUGUGUGAUGGGGGGGAAGCUCACAGCUUUGGUGAUAGAGGAUGGCGGAAAGCAAAGUAUUGUACAGGUAUCAUGUCGUGGCGAUCUCUAG